AUGAAUAAACUAACUUGCGAUCAAAUAGCUGAAAUCAUAACUAAUGAUGAAUCAGCCGACGAGCUUUUCGAGUAUGAUAGUAGUUCUGAUGAAUCAGACUGUGAAGACUUAGCACAAGAAAUUAGAAAACAGCUAGUAUCUAAAUUGACCAAAAAUAACGGAUCAAGUAGUAUUGUUUCCUCAAAUUCUGUUAGUGAAGUAAGUUUUACACCAAAAUAUGUAUUGGAUAAAAAAAAAUGUAAUGAUAUAGUUGAUAAUACACUCGGCUUAGGCGAUAAUGACUGUUCUAAUCGCGAUGAUCCGUAUUCAUAUUCAAGUUCUCCAGAAAUUUCUAUUUCGAAUGACAUCGAUCUAAAUUUAUUUGACAUAGAAAAUAUGGCAGUUGUCUUUGAUGACAAUUAUGUAGCUUACCCACAUACAUCAACACCAAACACUAAUACAAAUUAUAGCACUACACUAGAUAACAAUAGUAACAACUGUUAUUUUGAUAUUAAUUCUGUUAACCCAAAUAUUGUACAAAACUCUGUGAUUUCAAACCCAGAACCGACAAUUAAUAUUAAAAAACGUAAACGUAAAAUACCGGUUCCUACAAAAAAACAAAUUCCAAAAAAAAAUACUGGAUUAUCUGAUGGUACACUAUUUUCGGGACUUUGGAAUUUCAAUAAAAAUAUGUUACCUCAGUAUAGCCCAAAUAAUUUGAAUUUUGAUAGCUCACAUUCUGGAGUUAAUAAUGACAUAAUUAACAAUGUACCAUUGGAAAAUUUAGAAUUAUAUAUUUUCAAACAAAUUUUUGAUGAAGACUUGGUCCAACAUAUUGUUGAUGAGACAAAUAAGUUCUACCAUUUUCUAGUAAGCAAUACAGUUUUAUCAAAACAUUCUAAGCUUGGUAAAUGGAAAGAUACGAAUUUAAACGAAAUGUAUAUAUUUUUUUCUCUUAUGUUAUUAAUGCCACAUGUUAAAAAAAAUAAUAUUAAAGAAUAUUGGUCUACUUCGGUAUUACUAUCCACACCAAUAUUUGGGAAAAUUAUGACUCAAGAUAGGUUUCUAUUAUUAUUGAGAGUCCUUCAUUUCAAUGACAAUCGUAACCAGAUUCCUGGAGAUAGAUUAUUUAAAAUCAGAAUAAUUGUCGAAUCCCUCCGAAAAAAGUUUAGUUUCACAUAUCAGCCUCAUCAAAAAGUGUGUGUUGACGAAAGUAUUGUUGAAUGGAAAGGACGACUUCAAUUUAAACAAUACAUUCCAUCUAAACGGCAUCGCUUUGGCAUUAAGUUAUUCGUUCUAUGUGAUUGCAAAUCUGGUUUUGUUCUUGACUUUUUAAUUUAUACUGGUGAUAAUACUCAUAUAACUAUAAAUGACACAUUAAAGCUGUCUGGUUCAGUUAUAUCGACUUUAAUGGAGCCCUACGUAAACAAAGGUCACAUAAUUUAUAUGGAUAACUGGUACUCAUCUCCAAUAUUAUUUGAGUAUUUAUUGAAAAAAGAUACCGGAGCAUGUGGUACAGUUAAACAUACAAGGAAGGGCAUGCCUAGUUUCCCUAACAAAUUAAACGCUGGCGAAUGUGUGUCUGCUAUAUCGACAAAUCCUAAUAUGAUGAGCUGUAAGUGGAAAGACAAAAGGGAUGUACAUAUGCUAUCCACAGUUCAUACACCCGUAAUGAAAAAAACAAAUAUAAUAGAUAAACACGAAAACAAUGUACUCAAACCUGACUGUGUAAUUGAUUAUAAUGCAAACAUGGGUUUGGUUGAUAAGUCAGAUAUGCAGAUUUCAUUUAAUACAACUUCGAGGAAAUCCAUAAAAUGGUACAAAAAAUUUUUUUUUCAUUUACUAGAUUUAUGUGUACUUAAUUCUGGAAUCGUAUGUAGUACUUUAGAAAAAAAAACAUUAAAGUUGCCAGAAUUUAGAUUAAAAUUAAUCGAGCAAAUAUUACAUGCUCAUUUGUUGUCUGAUGAUAUAAUAUCACCUAGUCGUGGAGGGCGAAAACCAAAAGACGAUUUACCACUUAGACUUUCCGCUCGACAUUUCCCUUCAAGAAUCAACAGUGGAGAAGUUAAAAAAAAAAUUUCCAGAAGGUGUCAUGUCCAUUAUAACACAACAUUAAAUCCCCGAUCACGAAAAGAAACAUCUUAUGAAUGUACUGAAUGUAACAAAUAUUUAUGUUUGGAACCUUGCUUCAAGGACUACCAUACGAAAUUGCACUACUAA